AUGUCUGCUAGACCCGAGGAUGAUAUGGCUGGCCAGCCUGGGCCUGCCCUCGGCCAUGUCAUGAGCCACACUGGCGCCGACGAGAAGGCUGCUGCCAAGGAUUCCGCUGUCAUUUCGGAUGACAGGUCUGGUGACGAAAAGCAAGACAAGCCCAAGGGUGAAGAGUCGGACGUUGAAUACGAUACAAAGGAGAAGCAGUAUGGUGUUGAGAAGAUUCGUGCUAUUACUUCGGCAUGGUCUUACAAGGCUCUCAUCGUGAUGUACAUCAUCAUCUACAUUACCUCGUACACCCACUCUAUGCAGCAGCAGCUUUCUCGCAACCUCACUCCAUACGUCACGUCCGAAUUUCAGCGCCAUGGAUUGACGGCCACAACUGGCAUCGUAUCUGGUCUUAUGUACGGUGUGACGCAGUUGCCCUUGGCCAAGAUUCUGAACAUCUUUGGAAGAAUGGAGGGCUAUCUCCUGUGUCACAUUCUCUGUUCAGUCGGUCUGAUCAUGAUGGCUCUCUGCCGCAACGUCGAGACAUAUGCCGCUGCCCAGGUCUUUUGGACAGUUGGAAGUGGUGGUAUUGGAUACAUCCACACUGUCCUCAUCUCCGACUUUACGUCCCUACGCAACCGCAUGAUUAUCUUCGCCCUCAACUCCACGGCAUACAUUGGCAAUGCAUUUGCCGGUCCCAUCGUGGCCGAGCUUUUCUACGAACACAGCACGUUCCGCUGGGCUUUCGGAUCCUUUGCCAUCAUCUUCCCUUUCUUCGGUGCCUUGAUCUGUAUCAUGUUGUGGUACAACCUCAACCAAGCCAAGAAGCAGGGCAUUGAGCUCGUCUCUCCCGUUAGCGUUCGAACAUGGAAGGAGUCGUGCCGCUACUACUUUGAGGAGUUCGACGUCAUCGGCAUGUUCCUUUUGGCCACCGGGUUCUCUCUCUUUUUGUUACCCUUCAGUCUGGUAUCCUACGCGCCCAACGGCUGGAAGACGGGCUACAUUAUCGCCAUGAUCAUUUUGGGUCCUCUCCUGCUUGCGACCUUUGGCUUCUGGGAGAAGAAGUACGCUUCAGUGCCGCUCGUUCCGUGGGUCAACCUGAAGGAUCGCACCAUCAUCGGGGCCUGCGGUGUUGCCGGUGCCCUGUUCCUUAGCUUCAACGCUUGGGAUUCGUUCUUCUCGUCGUACCUGCAGGUUGUUCACCAGCGCAGCAUCAGCCAAGCUGGAUUCAUCCUGAACAUUUACACCAUUGCCUCCUGCACCUGGGGCCCCAUUGUCGGAGUUCUGAUCCGCCAGACAAACCACUACAAGUGGAUUGCCGUUGCUGCAGUGCCCGUCGCCGCGCUCUCGACCGGCCUCCUGAUCCAUUUCCGCCAGCCCGAUUCCUACAUCGGUUAUAUCAUCAUGUGCCAGAUCCUCAAGUCCGUCUCUGCCGGCACCAUCAUUAUCUGCGAGCAGCUCGCCGUCAUGUCCGUCGUCUCGCAUAAUGAAGUCACCGUCAUGCUCGCUCUCAUCGGUCUCGCCUCCUCGGUCGGUCGCGCCGUCGGCUCUGCCAUCUCGGGCGGUAUUUGGACCAACCAGAUGCCCGGCAAGAUCGCCCACUACCUUCCCGAGAGCGCGAAGGCCAAUGCCACUACCAUCUACGGCGACCUACGCGUCCAGCUGAGCUACGAGUGGGGCUCGGAGAUCCGAGAGGCCAUCGUCACUGCGUAUGGUGAUGUCCAGAGGAACAUGGUCAUUGCUGGCGCGGCGCUCAUGCCUAUCGCGUUUGCGUGCGUUCUUCUCUGGAGGAACGUCAAUGUUGCCAAGUUCAAGCAGACGGAGGGCAAGAUCUUCUAA